GUAUCAUGGCCACCAAAACAGUGGCAGGAAUUUGUCAACUCGGUCCAAAAUUGGGUUUUAUGGAUCCGCUGUAUUUUUGAGGCGCCAUCUCGGCUUUUCGGAUCUUUAAGAUCCGACUAUGGUGCCGCACUUCGCACUAAUUUGGGCGUUUGUUUUAAAAUAUGGCAUCUGAAUCCAUGUUCGUCAGCAGUUGGUAGUUAGCUGUAAACUCUGGCAUGCAGAAAAGCACUAUGCAAAGAUCAGUUUAGAAAAAAAGUUUCUUAAAAGGGCAACUAAUGGAGCAAACACUACUCAUUAUAAACCUAUUUAACUCCGAUUAUUACUGAUAUUACUCACGGCUUGUAGUUCUGGCUUCAAUGCAAAAAUGUCCAGUCCAAAUGUCAGCACACCGGCGAUGGCGGUGACACCAGACGCCGUGGAUCAGAAGACAAGCCCGGUGGUAUUUGAGAUUUACGGAAAGAUCUGGAACGUGCAGGCUCGUCUGGGCCAGGGCGUCUCGGCCUCGGUGUACCGGGUGAACUCCGGCCGGGCGAGCUCUGCAGUCAAGGAGUUCCAGGUGGACGCGCAGGGCGGAGAUUACGGGUUCCUCAAGGAAAGCUCUGUGCUGGAGAAGAUUCAGGGAUAUAAAAAUAUCGUGACGCUGUAUGGAAUGUUCACCAGUCACAACCCAUUUGGUGUGGCCACUCAUUGCCUGUUGUUGGAGCUUUUGGAUGUGAGUGUGUCAGAAUUGCUGGCCAGGGUGAGUAAUCAGGGACAUUCCAUGUGGUUGAUUCAGCACUGUGCCCGUGACGUUUUGGAGGCCCUUAGCUACCUGCACAGAGAAGGUUACGUACAUGCUGACCUCAAGCCCCGCAACAUUCUCUGGAGCGCCGAUGACGAGUGCUUUAAGCUCAUUGACUUCGGCCUUAGCUUUAAAGAGGGAUACCAGGAUGUGAAGUACAUCCAGACAGAUGGAUACCGGGCACCUGAAGCCGAGCUGCAGAACUCCCUGGCCCAGGCAGGUCUGGAGAGCGACUCUGGCUGCACAACUGCUGUGGACCUGUGGAGUCUGGGAAUCAUUCUUCUAGAGAUGUUCUCAGGAAUCAAACUGAAAGAAACUGUGAAGUCUCAGGAAUGGAAGGAUAACAGUUCUGCAAUAGUAGACCAUAUCUUUUCAAGCAAUGCUGUGGUUUACCCGGCUAUCCCUGUUUUUCAUUUAAGGGAUCUGAUCAAAAGUAUGCUUCACAAUGACCCUAAACUGAGAAGCACAGCUGAGGCAGCAUUAAUAAACCCUUUCUUCAGCAUUCCCUUUGCACCUCAUAUUGAAGAUUUGGUUCUUCUGCCUACACCAGUCUUGAGACUACUAAACGUAAUAGACGACAACCACCUGUAUAAUGAGGAUGAGUAUGAAGAUGUAAUAGAAGAUAUGAAAGAAGAAUGUCAGAAGUAUGGCAAGGUUGUAUCCUUAUUGAUCCCAAAAGAGAAUCCCGGCAAGGGACAGGUGUUUGUGGAGUAUGCAAAUGCUGGAGACUCCAAAGAAGCUCAGAGACUGCUGACAGGCCGAACGUUUGAUGACAAGUUUGUGGUCACUACGUUUUAUCCACUGAGUGCCUAUAAGAGAGGUUACUUAUACCAAACUGUGCAGUAAAGCUGCACACACACCUCCAUACAAAACAUGUAAAUUACAAUCAUGUGACUGCUUUUAAACCCUUGAUCUGUGUAUUAUUCUAUUGUGCUACCUUUAAUACUUACUUGUGUCACUAAGAUCAACAUUGUUGUGAAUAUAGGCACAGAUGCAAUUUAACUUGGGUGGAACAAGGAGAAAAGUUUUAGUGCCUGCUUCCUACUUCCCUUUUUUACUAAAUGGUCACACCAUAAUAAGACAAUUAUAUAUACUGUGUGUUAGCUGGUUGCUAGACAUUCAGUACGUAUGCUUUCAUACUUUGUCAUUUUGAUUAUUUAAAUUUAGUUUUUAUUGCAGUGGGGUUGAUGCACUGCUUUGGUUUACGCUGCCUUCUAAACAACAGAUCACUUCAGAGACUAGGUUUACAUGCUUUUUAAAUGUCUACGAUUCCAAAAAUGUGUAGUUUAUGUGGCCUGUUCUCUUCCGUUCUUUUUUUCCCGUUGUUAGUUUUAGUGAAGGUAUGUUGGUAUUUCCAGUAAUUAUGCACAUAUUUAUAAACUACUGGCAAAAUGCACAGGCCUGCAUGCACUGUAGCGUGGUUAACAUUUAUGUUCAACUUGACCAUGAAAGCUGUUUAACCGCAUUUAAACUGAAGAUGGAAAUCUGCAGAGAGAGCACAAAGACGACAGAGCGGGUAGCCUUAUGCUAUAGAUCAUUCUUAAGCAACUUUUUGAUUUUGCUUAUUCAGGGUUGACUGGAAUGAGACUCCAUGUCCCAACACAAAAGCCACAAUCUGUCUCAUCCAAAACCUCUCUGGAUAUGUUUAUUGUACGUUAUACUAUCGUUCUAGAAUUUUGAACUUGAAUUCCAAAGUAUAAUAUUAGUAUAAAUUGGGUCUGAAAACUCAUCAAAAACAUUUCAAGUGGACUUCUUUGGGAAAUACUCAAGUGUUAAAAUGUGUGAUAUGUUGUGCAAAGCAACGUAACUCAUACCUUCAUAGCACACACAUGUGAAGAUUCAGAAGCAAAUAAUCUACUCUGUAUCUUCAUUAAGCUGGACUGCCCUGAUGCGUUGAUAAAUAAUGCUGUUGUAAAACUCACUUUACUAUCAAAGAUACAGUAACACAAAUGUGUUUCAGAAAGGCUUAAAGCUAAAAUGCUUUCUACAGACACGUUCAAGUCAAGUUUGAAUGGAUUUUACUAUCUGUAGAAUAAUGAUGAGUGAUUUUAAAAUCGUAACAUUAUUUAAAGGCUUUUCCAGUUGUGAAUAGGUAUAGUGUUCCUGGUAUCAUUGUGUUUUCCAGUCCGUUUGUCUGUGAUUGCAUGAUGUGGAGUCUUUAAUAGUUCUACAGAGCUUUCUGACACGAGCAAUUCUUCGUAAGUGUGUUCUCAUUUACUUUAUGAAUAUCGCCUGAUGUUUUUUUUCAGUCAUCCUGGUCGAUUGUUUUUCUUUCUACCAUCCAACGAAUGCCAUAAAGUCAGUUUUCUCUGUCCUGUAGUCUAGAAGUAUCACAUUCACUUCCAGGGCAGUGAGCUCUAAUAUGAUAAGUGUACAAGACAAUAUGAGGAAAGAACAGGCUGGUUUUCUAGAUUUAGAUUUGAAAAAGAAGUUUAAACUUUAAGAAAACAUCCUUUUUUGUGGAUUAGAUGGCAUUGUGGCCAAUAGUUAUUAUUUUGAUUCACAUUUGUUUUCUUUUUGUUGGGUAUGUUUUAGGAGUGUUAUUGUAGGAAAAGGGCACUUUGGUUAUGCAUGUUCUGAGUGUGAGUCAUUCCAGAUCUGGGCUAUUUACUUAAAAUCUUUAUCUGAGCAUUGUAAAGAAAUUGUGAUUGAUCUAGAUUUUAUACACUCAUCUCUCUCUCUCUCUCUCUCUCACACACUCUCUCACACUCUCGCACAUUAAUGGUGAUGACAUUUGAAAUAAAUUUUGCAGAUGGUGAGCAAGAGAUCUUUAAGAUCUA